GGACCAUGAGAACCCCCCAGGCUAGACCAUGGUCAGCUUUGAGUGUACCUUCUCUCUCUCUGGUUCUAGGGCUAUGAAGACUGGCUUCGCCACAAGGCCGACAACGCCAUGAACCAGUGUCCCGUGCACUUUAUCCAGCAUGGAAAGCUGGUCCGCAAGCAGAGUCGGAAGCUGAGGGUUGGGGACAUUGUCAUGGUGAAGGAAGAUGAGACCUUUCCCUGUGACCUGAUCUUUCUCUCCAGCAACCGGGCAGAUGGGACAUGCCAUGUCACUACAGCCAGCUUAGAUGGAGAGUCGAGCCAUAAAACUCACUACGCGGUGCAGGAUACCAAGGGCUUCCACACAGAGGCGGAUGUUGACAGCUUGCACGCCACAAUCGAGUGUGAACAGCCACAGCCUGACCUCUACAAGUUUGUGGGGCGCAUCAAUGUUUACAGCGACCUGAACGACCCUGUAGUGAGGCCUUUGGGGUCAGAAAACCUGCUUCUCAGAGGAGCCACACUCAAAAACACAGAGAAGAUCUUUGGUGUGGCUAUCUACACAGGCAUGGAGACCAAGAUGGCCCUGAACUAUCAGUCCAAGUCCCAAAAGAGAUCUGCUGUGGAAAAGUCAAUGAACACAUUCCUGAUCGUGUACCUCUGCAUCCUGGUGAGCAAGGCCCUGAUCAACACNGUGCUGAAGUACGUGUGGCAGAGUGAGCCCUUCCGAGAUGAGCCAUGGUACAACGAGAAGACUGAAUCUGAGCGCCAGAGGAAUUUGUUCCUCAGGGCCUUCACCGACUUCCUGGCCUUCAUGGUCCUCUUCAAUUACAUCAUCCCCGUAUCCAUGUACGUCACCGUGGAGAUGCAGAAGUUCCUCGGCUCCUACUUCAUCACCUGGGAUGAGGACAUGUUUGAUGAGGAAAUGGGGGAAGGGCCUCUGGUCAACACGUCUGAUCUAAAUGAGGAGUUGGGACAGGUGGAAUACAUCUUCACUGACAAGACGGGCACCCUUACAGAGAACAACAUGGCCUUCAAGGAGUGCUGCAUUGAGGGCCAUGUCUACGUACCCCAUGUCAUCUGUAAUGGGCAGGUCCUUCCCGACUCUUCUGGCAUUGACAUGAUCGAUUCUUCCCCCGGAGUCUGUGAAAGGGAACGGGAGGAGCUGUUUUUCAGGGCUAUCUGCCUGUGCCACACUGUCCAAGUGAAAGAUGACCAUUGUGGGGAUGAUGUCGAUGGUCCCCAGAAAUCUCCAGAUGCAAAAUCCUGUGUGUACAUAUCGUCCUCGCCUGAUGAGGUUGCACUGGUCGAAGGCGUGCAGAGGCUUGGAUUCACGUACCUGAGGCUGAAGGACAAUUACAUGGAAAUACUGAACAGGGAGAACGACAUAGAGAGAUUUGAAUUGCUAGAAGUGCUGACCUUUGACUCUGUGCGGAGAAGAAUGAGCGUGAUUGUAAAGUCUACUACAGGAGAAAUUUAUCUGUUUUGCAAAGGAGCAGAUUCUUCAAUAUUUCCCCGAGUGAUAGAAGGCAAAGUAGACCAGGUCCGGUCUAGAGUGGAGCGCAAUGCCGUGGAAGGGCUGCGAACCCUGUGUGUUGCAUACAAGAGGCUUGAGCCAGAGCAGUACGAAGAUGCUUGCCGACUGCUACAGAGUGCCAAAGUGGCGCUUCAGGACCGGGAGAAGAAGCUGGCAGAAGCCUACGAGCAGAUAGAGAAAGACCUUGUUCUGCUUGGUGCUACGGCUGUUGAGGACAGGCUCCAGGAGAAAGCCGCUGACACAAUUGAGGCACUACAGAAGGCAGGUAUCAAGGUCUGGGUGCUCACCGGGGACAAGAUGGAGACAGCGUCCGCCACCUGCUAUGCCUGCAAGCUGUUCCGCAGGAGCACACAGCUGCUGGAGCUGACCACCAAGAAGCUAGAGGAGCAGAGCCUGCACGAUGUGCUCUUCGACCUGAGCAAGACAGUGCUGCGCUGCAGCGGGAGCCUGACCAGGGACUCCUUCUCGGGGCUCUCUACAGAUAUGCACGACUAUGGUUUAAUCAUUGAUGGAGCGGCACUGUCCUUGAUAAUGAAGCCGAGAGAGGACGGGAACUCCUCGGGCAACUACCGAGAGCUCUUCCUGGAGAUCUGCAGGAACUGCAGUGCUGUGCUGUGCUGCCGGAUGGCACCCUUGCAGAAGGCCCAGAUCGUUAAGUUAAUCAAAUUUUCAAAGGAGCAUCCUAUUACCUUAGCAAUUGGUGAUGGUGCAAAUGAUGUCAGUAUGAUCCUGGAGGCCCACGUGGGCAUAGGUGUCAUCGGGAAAGAGGGUCGCCAGGCUGCAAGGAACAGCGACUAUGCAAUACCCAAGUUUAAACACUUGAAGAAGAUGCUUCUUGUUCACGGGCAUUUUUAUUAUAUCAGGAUAUCUGAGCUUGUGCAAUACUUCUUUUAUAAGAAUGUCUGCUUCAUUUUCCCUCAGUUUUUGUACCAGUUCUUCUGCGGAUUUUCACAGCAGACUUUGUACGAUACUGCGUAUCUGACUCUCUACAACAUCAGCUUCACUUCCCUCCCGAUUCUACUGUACAGCCUCAUGGAGCAGCACGUGGGCAUUGACGUGCUCAAGAGAGACCCAACCCUUUACAGAGACAUUGCCAAGAACGCGCUGCUGCGCUGGCGGGUGUUCAUCUACUGGACGUUUCUCGGCGUUUUUGACGCUUUGGUAUUUUUCUUUGGUGCUUAUUUCAUAUUUGAGAACACAACCGUGACCAUCAACGGACAGAUGUUUGGGAACUGGACCUUCGGGACGCUCGUGUUCACUGUGAUGGUGCUCACUGUCACACUGAAGCUCGCACUGGACACGCACUACUGGACUUGGAUCAACCACUUUGUCAUCUGGGGGUCACUGCUCUUCUACAUUGCCUUCUCCCUGCUCUGGGGAGGGGUUAUCUGGCCGUUCCUCAGUUACCAGAGGAUGUACUAUGUGUUCAUAUCCAUGCUGUCCAGUGGGCCUGCCUGGCUGGGUAUCAUACUGCUUGUCACGGUCGGCCUCCUCCCUGACGUCCUCAAGAAGGUCCUGUGCAGGCAGCUGUGGCCCACGGCAACGGAGAGAACUCAGGCCAGGAACAAGUGCCUUUCUGUUGAGCAACCCACCGUCUUUAUGCUUUCCCAGACGGCCAGUAGUCUGAGUUUCUGACCAACAGAACAUACAACAUCAGGACAGCAUUUCAGAAUUCACCCCUCUGGCCUCUUUGCAGAGCUGGGGUGCUCAGGGCAGCAGACUCUUGGCUGCCCAGUGCAGCUCCCCUUCUGGGAGAGUUGUGUGCUCCAGGUGGGAGAGCGAAGAGUGUCCUGUGCUCCCACCUCACCCAGGCCUUUCUCACAAGGCGAGGUAUGGGUGCUGUAGGUCCAGCCUGGAGAUGCCCACUUGAUGGACAGACAGCCCCUUUGCCCCAGCCGCUGAGAGCUCUGUUCUUGGGUACCUGUGUGUGCCUGCACCUGUCCCACCCUUCAUUCUCAGGGAAGGAAGGGUGGGAUCACAGGUCGCCCACUCAGGCACAGCACACUGCAAUCUGGACCGUGCGUGGCCGGCGUCAUUGUCCCAGGCCUGGUGACCAUACAUCCAGUUGGGCUCUGAAAAAUGACAUUAAGCCUGGCCUCAUCUUAAGCUCUGUGGCUUGAAGCUGGCCUUGUCCCUGAGUAUCCACCCAGCUGCUGUCGUCACCUCUGCUGUCUCUUGAGAAGAAGAUCCUAUCCCUUUGUCUGCAGCUCGUGUGUAGCACAUGGCGCUCGGCUCAUACUGUAUCCCGAUGUUCCUGCCCGCGUGUUUCCUGUGUUAACCGCACACACUUACCCCGUCAGACACGGAGUGAUGUGUGUCUCCUGGACCUGUGGCCGCGCUGUGCUCAUGUUUGCUGUCCCCUCACAAAGCCAUCUUCCUAGAUCAUGUCUGAGUCAGUUUGCUGAGAUACUGACCCUACACGUCGGACUGUCCAUGUCAGCGUCCCAAUCCUGUUCCCAGCUGCCUGUGGAAGAUGACGUUUAUGUAUGCGAAUAAGUCACACUGUUAGCCAAGUCUCUCAGGAGUGUAGUGAUAGCCGCCACACUCUGGAAUGAUGUCAGCUAAACGUAUUGGAAAACAUUUGUUUCAGGGGUGCAGGGAAAGGGGGAGACUUGGGAGCCCAGGCAGGUGUUUUAUCUCACCCAGAGGUGAGUCCCAAUACCCACGCUGUCUGGGGCUACUGUGGAUUCAUCCGCUCUAGUCUGCUGCUCUGGCUGCCUCCUACUGGUGCCACACAGAUCCCAUCCAGGGCUUCACUUGGAAUGGACAGGCCAUCAGAAGGCCACUGGACUGUGAAUCUCCGCUGCUGCCCGCACUGGCAUUUCUGUUUUCAGCAACGCUCCCAACAGCACUGUAAUGGGCCUGACUCAAAGACGGUUUUUUAGUAUGAUGCAGCCUUUCAGAAAAAAACAGGCAGAGCCUGGGGGAAAGCCAGCCCCAACCCUGUGGAGUCGCAUAGUGGGCCUGGAGCCAUGGUGAGGGUCUCUGGCACUUGAGAGCCUGUAUCCUGGGAAGCACAAAUUUUAUAACAUGAUUACACAAGAUUUCCCUAUAAACCAUGUGCUUGAACUGGGGACCAGCCAACAGUAGGAGCACUUACUGCACCUGACAGUUGGGGGAGGUUGGGCAAACAUAAACACCACACCAAAGAUGGGGAGGGGGUGGCCUUGAGCUUGGAACAGACGGGAUGUCCAGCUCUGCUGAGGGCUGUCUGUGCCUCCACACACCCUCAUGCCCAUUCACCCACCUGUGUCGCCAUGUGUCAGAGGAUUGGAGCCCCAGUCCACACUGGCCCUUAAUUAGUAGUGUGUGCAUUUUUACAGCCCCUUUUUAAGAACCCAGACAGGUACAAAUAUAAUACCUGUGGGGAGGGGCAGAUUCUCUCUGUGUUUAGUUAACAGAUUAUUUGUAAUGUAUUUUUUUAGGGAUCUUAAAAUUACCUUUGCACUAAAGUAUUUUCAUAGCUGUUUCUAUAUCUUACUCAUUUGUUGAUGCACCUUCUGAUUUUUAAAUAUGUUUUUAAAGCUUUUACUUUUUAAGUUUAAGAAUUUUGGCCACUUAAAUGCUGGUGAGUGUUUCGGCUGAAUGUCUCAGUGUCUGGCAGCGACCUCUCUGAUUCUCCUCUGUGCCUCUCUCUUUCUUGAUGUUUCCAGAGACUGACCAGCUGAGACGUGCUGAGGGCACACCAUCUCCUCUGCUUGCUUUGUCACAGUCCUCUGUUGCUUCAUGGUUUCUAUUUUGAUUUUGUUUUUUAUUUCCAUCCUUCAGCCUUAAACACCUAAACAACAUCCUUCCUGCAGNGCCUUGAUUCUGCAGCCCUCGCCCCCACCCCUACCCAGUAGCUGAAGUUUACGUAGGAAUGUCCCAGACUGAAUGCACACUCCAAUGUCCUUUAAAAUUGUGCUUAGGAAAUUACCAAAUGAAGUUGCCUGAGAAUUUGAAGUAGACAAGGGCACAGGUGAAAUGCAGAGACAGAGACCAAACAUGCGUGCAGAAGGCCGUCCGACUCACCUNACAGUGGCUGCAUUUGCUUUCCUUAAAACAAGGAACUUCAACUCAAAUUAAGCAUCUUCUUUUCUUAAUUCAGUUGCACAAAUGAACAUCUGUGGCUUACUACAUUGGCCCAGAUUCAUGGCUCCACCACCUACAAAUAGUUCAUCUCCCGUAUGUUCCAGGAGCCCUGGCUGCAUAUGUGUUCUCUUACUUUCUGUUCCACACACACUCAUGCCAUGUACACAUGCGCGAGCACACACAAACACAUGUGCAUUCUUCAAGACCAUGUACCAGCCUGCUUUCUGACAGCCCUGUGCAGAGAUGUUGCCCUCUGGAACAUCAGGCUCCUUAUACACACACACGCGCACGCGCACGCGCACACGCACAGGCACACACACUCGGAAGGGCACUUGGGCUGUGUGAGUGCACGCUGUGCUGGACUGAGNUCUCCCCUCCCAGGGAAGCAUACCUCCCAGUCAGGACUUCCUCUUGCUCCCUCCAUCCAGCAGGCAGGACCCAGGCUAACCAAAGCUGCAUGCCCUCCAGGCGCCUGCCCCCUGCCACAUGCCAGCUAGGGAAACAAUGUUCCUCCAUCCCAGUGACCCAUUCCUGAGCACAAGCAGACCAAAGGCCCCACGCAGGGGGAUGGCACACCCAAAGCUGGAACAGGGUAACUUUUGAGUGUUCCUACUGAGCACAUUUCCCAGGAUCAGCGGCCAAAUGUCCCGAGUGUGGCGUCAUGGCCACCCAGGUCGCUGGGCAUCACCCAGGUGUCUGGUGUUCUGGAGGAAGCCCCAGCCUGGGUCUCUGAACCCCCAAGUUCAAGGCAUAUCUGCACUGACUGGUACUGGACUCACCCAUCCAUUUAUUUCAUCCUCAUGUAGUUUAUUGGCAAUGCCAUAGAACACUAGCCCCUUGCAUUCUGCAUUUCUUUUGGAAGUUACCCAUUCAUGACUACAAACAGGAAAGCGUCACUUGGUGAAUGCAAUCUUUUUGUUUUAAAACCUAGAAGACNGGUGAAUGGAAAGGGAAGAGGUUCUGAUACUGUGUCUGAGCAAAGCUUUAAUGAAGAUACGUAUGUUGGAAGUAUUAUGAAAGUGUGAUUCUAAUUUUGCAGAAAAAAAAAUGUCUAUCAAUUUAUAUAGCUUUAUUUUUUACCUUAUCAAGAGAUAGAGAAUUUUAAUAUGCAUAUAUUGUCCAACUUAGAAUCAUGUGUGUCGGCAUUACCACUUAAAAUGUCCAUCUACUAUGUCAUGUAUGAUUAAGAGAGAAUCAAAGAUGUAUCUAANAUGAAUGGUUAUCUGUAACUGUCACUGUCAUAAGAACUGGGAUUGAUUUUAAGUUAUCAAAUAUAGUAAGGACAUUAACCAUGUCAUUCUCCAACACUAAUGUCUGACUGGGAGCCCAGUAAACUGCUUUGAAAACUUGUAAAUUAAACCGGAUCAAACGUC